GUUAGCAGGAAAUCAUCUAGAAAAUCAAAGAAAAGAAAAAAAAAAAAAAAACACGAAACGAACAUGAAAUCAGCGUUUCGAAACGCCUACUUGACACUCUGUCGCGACUCCAUAAACCCUAACCCCACCUCGUCCUUCCCCUGCCUUCUUAACCUGCUUCCUGCCAUUUCCACUUCUCCUUCGCGUUCUCCUUUUCCCGGCGCUCACAGAAACAAAGCGUUACAUUCCUCUCUCUUUGCAUCUCCGUGCUCCACUUCAAUGGCGGGCGGUGAAGCCAACGCGCCAGAGCCGUGUUCUUCGCUGGAGAAGCAGUUCGCGGCUUUUCGUUGCCAGCUUGAUGAUUCUGGAAACAUACGCGAACGCAUUCGAGUUGUCGUGAUGGAGAUUGAGUCCGCCUCCAGGCUCAUGCAAGCUAGCGUCCUUCUCGUUCACCAGUCUAAACCCAUUCCCGAGGUUUUAGAGAAGGCAAAGGCGCAAAUAGGUGAGUUGAAGGAGCUUUACAGUCGAUUGGCUGAUGUUCUUAACGCAUGCCCCGAGCAGUAUUAUAGGUAUCAUGGAGAUUGGAGGAGUGAAACACAGACAGUAGUUUCGCAGCUUGCUUUUAUUCACUGGUUGGAGACAGGAGCUCUUCUCCUACAUGCUGAAGCUGAGGAAAUUUUGGGAUUGAAAAGUUCAGAGUUCGGUUUGGAUAUUGAGGAUUACCUUAUUGGUAUCUGCUUUUUGUCCAAUGAAAUGCCAAGAUAUGUGGUGAACAAGGUGACAGCUGGAGACUAUGAUUGCCCUAGGAAGGUGUUGAAUUUCAUGACCGAUCUUCAUGCAUCCUUCCGUAUGCUAAAUCUUCGUAAUGAUUUCCUGCGCAAAAAGUUUGAUGGUAUGAAGUAUGACCUAAGAAAAGUGGAAGAGGUUUAUUAUGACGUGAAGAUUCGAGGAUUGGCACCCAAUGGUGAGUCAAUUGGAGAUGAGGGAAUCCAAGGGCAAUCGUAAGAUACUAUAGUUGUAUAGAGGACUGCCUAGGUGCAUCCCAAUUACUUGCUACUCAGUUGUCUUUGCCUCUUCUCCUAAUUCUAAUUCCUGAGCUUUUAAUCCAUAUUUGAGGGACCUAAAUGCAAAUUUUCCAAUGUUAAGAGAGUGAGGAGGGAAUUUUUUUUUUUUUUGACAGUCGAAAUUACGUUAAUAGUAUUAGUGAGCACUGGGCUCGACCUCGAGAGCAAGGUACCCCCACUUUGCUUCUCAAAUGAGAAGCGUAGCCACUGGGCCACAUGGUGGUGAGCGUGAGGAGGGAAUUUUUUUUUUAGACAGUCGAAAUUACGUUAAUAGUCUUAGUAUCUGUUCAAAGGAGAGGGGGGAAUAUGGAGCACUGGGCUCAACCUGAAGAGCAAGGUACCCCCACUUUGCUUCUCAAAUGAGAAGCGUGGCCACUGGGCCACAUGGUGGUGAGCGUGAGGAGGGAAUUUAAUAAAGAGAAUACAUCUCC